AUAUCAUUAUGUGCGUUUAAUAAUUUAAGUGUAAUGACAGUAAACUUCCCGAUAUUCCAACAAAAAUACCAGUUAAAGCAAUUUAAAGACAGCCAACAUUUGCCCAAUAGGAAAUAUGUUAUUAUUAUUUUAUAGCUCAUAUCACCAAGGCGAAUGCUGUAAUCAUUGACUAUGUCACCCCUGUCAUUCCCGGCGGGCUGUCAGCCUGUAUUACCAUGAAGUUAGUCACAGCUGUAUUUUGAAAAAACUGCAGCCUGCUGACCGCUACUAACCAAUCAGUUGCUGCAGAACAAUUAUAAGCAGGCCAUGUCUGAUAAUAAGAUAAUGAAAGGUUUUAUUAAAAGAUAGCCUAUUAACAACAGACUACAUAACCCCCAAAUCAUUUCGGGGAUGUGACAAAGAUUUCCUGCUGCUCCUCGUCUUGCAGCACCUUUACAGUGAACUAUAACUCCAUGCACAAGGAGCCCAUCUACCGCUUCUCUGCUUUGUGUUUAUGGAAAUAGACAGAAUUACUCCAAUAUGGACGGAAUAGGUCGCAAAGCUACUACUGUGGAGACGCGGACAAACCUACGCGUUGAGUGUCCCUCUGCAGCUCAUUGGUCCGUUCAGCGUGUUCAGCACCACGCAGACUGAACAGCGACACGCAGACAUGCAGCUUUCUUCAAGUGAAGAUGCCGUGCGGUGUACGCUGCUCCACACCGUUACUAUGACACCGUCUAUCUGACUCUUUUCCCCCCUUUUUUUUGCCAUAUUGGCAUUGUUCCUUCUGCCUACUACAGAUGUUUCCAGUCGGUGUAUUUGCGUCUUAUUGUCUCCCUCGUUUUGAACGCGAACACCCCGCCUGUGUCGCCUAACUCCACAAGAGGAAGCUGUUCUUCCCCAUCGCAGAUGCUCUGACUCGCGGGUUCUGUUGGUUUCACCGGGUUUCCCUCCCGUCGAGUCGAUAGGCAUGACGGGCUGUAACGCUGCCGCUCAGGCUAUAGGCAGCAGCGACAUCUCAUGUAGCUACAUUGCCGCAUCAACAAGCCUCGCCGCCCGAUCGCUGUGUUUCCCUGCGCCCCGGUGUCCGCCGGUCCCCCAGCGCCUUUUGUGACAUGACAGCUCGGGGAAGGAAGAAGAGGAUCAAAGGUUACGGGCAGGGGUUCAAGCAGGAGCGCAGGCGGCUCGGAUCCUCGACGGGAGGGCACACGGAAACAGACAGUCUGUACUGCUUGAGCAGAGAGGAUACAAUCACACCUGUAUCAAAAAUUCAUGUGGUAUUUUAUUAAUUCCUGCAGGGUGUUUCUCUUCUGGCUCGCAGCCUCCAGAGAGGUCAGAGCGCGGGGUCUGCCACAGAGCAGCACCCCUGGAGCUGGCUGAUGUGCCUAUACAUAAGCAAGGCGGGCACCUGCAGGGAUUGAACCUGGAUCCUGGUCUCACUUCACCCAAGAGGGGGUCCUGUGAUCUCACUGAAGCCUUAUUGUGAUUCUGAUUUGGGCCUACAUCGUGGUAGCACCCACAUUUGCCUUACAGUCUUAUCUGAUGCACGGCCUCAUUGUGUUAACACUGGUCGAGUCCCAGUCAGCUGUGCCGUUACCCAGGCCUGUCAGGCUCACUUGGCUGCUCCUGACCAUCAACUUCACCUACACAGCCAUGGGCUGCAUCCAGAGCAUAGCCUGUAACAAGUCACGCAUCAAACGAGAAAACAUCGUGGUGUACGACCUGUCCGCCACCAUAGAUCACUGUCCGACCAUCAUUGAGGAAAACUCACCCAUAGUGCUUCGAUACAAGACGCCCUAUUUCAAAGCUUCGGCGCGUAUUGUGAUGCCCCCAAUUGCGCGCAAUGAGACAUGGGUGGUGGGCUGGAUCCAGGCGUGCACCCAGAUGGAAUUUUACAACACCUAUGGAGACAUCGGCAUGUCAAGCUGGGAGCUCCCUCAGCUGCGAGAAGGCCUGGUCAGAGCAAUCAGCGACUCCGACGGUGUGAGCUACCCCUGGUAUGGAAACACAACAGAGACUGUCACCAUAGUUGGCCCCACCUCCAAGCCAUCCCGCUUCAUCGUUAGCAUGAAUGACAAUUUCUACCCAAGUGUCACCUGGGCUGUGCCAGUCAGUGAAUCUAACACUCCCUUACUGACUAACAUCAAAAGGGACCAGAGCUUCACCACCUGGCUGGUGGCUCUCAACACCACAUCCAAGGAAAAGAUCCUGCUCCACACCAUCAAGUGGAGGAUGAGGGUUGACAUUGCAGUGGAUCCAACACUGCCUCUUGGCUCCAGAGCCAGGCUUGUGGGCCAGGUGUACCAGGACCAGCCACGGGUGCUGACACGCAUGGAGCCCAUUCCUCCUAAUGCAAUGGGGAGGCCAAAUGCCAACGACGCCCAGGUUCUGAUGUGGAGGCCAAGGAGAGGGCCUCCGCUUGUUGUCAUACCACCCAAGUAGAACACAUCCGACUGGCAUUCGGUUUGUCACAUCAUAUCAGUGUGGACCACUUCUGCAGUGAAGCGACUAGAUAAUGAGAUGAAAAGACAAAUGAAAAGAUCUAUAAGCAAGGCUGAGGCUUGUUUCCAUGGCACAAAUUAGAGUAGCCUUUUGCCUGUAAAAUCUUGAGGGGGCAACUGCCUUAUUUCCCCACCUCUGCCUUUGACGAUCUGGAAAGUUUGUUGGUCCCUUCAUCUGGUGCUGUUUAGCUGUUGGUUGUUCAGGCUUUUACUCCAACUCAGUACAACUGAGCAAAGAAUCAUAGAACUUUGAAAACUCGCCACCGCUGUUGGGAUGUAAAGCAAGCCUGUACUGUAGCUACUCAGGCACAGAAACUAUCAAGCUGAAAGACAGACCCUGUUUGAAAAAGGUUCUUCAGCCUUAAAGAUGACAUAACUGUGGGCCUGCGCUGUACUGUGCAGUGAAGUGCUGUGUUAGAGUGUAAUCACGAUGUGUUUACGUGUCACAGGUCCAAGCAGGAUGGCACAGCUAUGGGGUUUAUUCAUAAAGGCCAGAGAUAAUUAAUAUCAACUGAAAUGUUACUGGAUGAUCUGCUUUUAGACAUGAUGUGAGUGGCCAGGCAUGUGUGUACAUGUUUGUGUGUUGUCCCAGGGUCGGGCCCAGGCUCUUUGUUAAACCGGACUGCCUCUAGCACACGCACGCACACCCACACCCACACACACACCCACACCCACCCAUUUAUGAUUGUUACAUUGCAAAGUAAUUUUGAACAGUUUGCUAUCAGCUCUGUGACGAACAGCAGUACUUUGAGCUAAGGAUAGUAAACAUACAUGCAUCAUCCGAGCUACUUUGCUUUUUACAUAUCACAGAAAAUACAGAAAACAUUUUGGAUUUAGUCCUACGCACACAACCAUAAAUGAAGCCCUACAGCAAGCCUUUUCCCCCAAUCCCAAAUGGCCAGGUCAUACACGCUGCAGAGCUUCUCCCUUCCUGCCUUUUGAAAGCCAGUGAUGCCUGUGUUGAUGACAACCUCCUACAGUAAAAACAUUUCACCUUGCCCAUGUCACAUCUAAUCAGAUUUAUGUUGCAAAGAAGCACGGUUACUUUGUUUUACAAGUAAUAAAAUGAGUCAGAGUUAGUGUGUGUUUUUCCAGUCAGUAUAUGUUUUUUUAAGAAGAAAACAGUGUAGUGAGGUUUAAGGAAACUUAAAGGAUCUCUUCUGCCAGAUUACUGAAAACAUAACUUCUUACUUACCUCUAGCAGUAUCUAUACAUGCAGAUUAUUAAUAUUUAAAAUAUUAUUUGUCCCACUUUUUAAAUUAUCUGUCAGUGCCAGCCAUCCAUCCAAGACAAUGGAGGUGAAUGGAAUUUCUUUAGUGAAAACUACAUGUAAAUAAGUUUGCUAUCAGCUCUGUGACGAACAGCAGUACUUUGAGCUAAAUACUAAUGCCAGCGUGCUAGCACACUGAUGUUUAUUAAAUUAAUACAUCCAUGUAUUUAUUAGGUUGGCCAUAUCUUCUAUAAUCACCAUGUUAGCAUGCUAAUAAUCGGUAAUUUACAUUAAAUACUGACAAAAGCACUAAGACUGAUAAAAGUGUUUGGUUCUGUUUUUCUGCAGUAAUUUGCUUAUAAACCAGAACUGGAUAAAUUAAAGGACAAGGCCAGUCAUUUUCUAGAUUAACAGUAUAUUCAACACUCCCCAUACAGAGACUAUAACCAACAACAAAUGUCUGUCAGUGCUGGACUGGCUUAUUUGUCUGUUCCACUGUUGUUCCAAAAUGAUUAAAGGCUACAGUAAAACACACCGCUGCACUGGGUGAUGUUUCCUCAUUACAAAACACCACACCUCACCUCAAUAUAUAUAUAAAAAAAAGUUACCCCAAAGGCUCCAAAUGGCCAUAAUUUUUAUAGCGUCUGAAGUAAGCAAGAGUCUACCACCCAUGCACAAGAUCUCUGGAUAUUAAAAAAAAA